AUGGUCUUUAUCCGGAUGGUGUUUGAUGAAGAACUUCUGACACUACUGCCCCUGAAGACAACUACGAGGGGAGUUGACAUUUAUAACGCAGUCAAAGAGUUUUUGGUGGAAAAAAAGGUGCCGCUGGAAAAGCUGGCAUCAGUGACCACGGAUGGGGCUCCUGCUAUGAUCGGCCGACACACAGGAUUGGUUGCUCACUGUAAAGCUGACCCAGAGUUCCCAAACUUUCUGCAGUACCACUGCAUCAUACACCAGCAGGCCUUAUGUGCAAAAGUGAUCGGCUUUGAGCACGUAAUGAGUCCUGUCGUAAAGAUCAUUAACAGCAUUCGCUCCAGAGCUAAACAGCACAGAACAUUGAAGCACCUUCUAUACAGUCCUUACAGUCCACCCCUGAGGUAUCUAUCCUACAGUCUGAGGUAUCUAUCCUACAGUCUGAGGUAUCUAUCCUACAGUCUGAGGUAUCUAUCCUACAGUCUGAGGUAUCUAUCCUACAGUCUGAGGUAUCUAUCCUACAGUCUGAGGUAUCUGUCCUACAGUCUGAGGUAUCUAUCCUACAGUCUGAGGUAUCUAUCCUACAGUCUGAGGUAUCUGUCCUACAGUCUGAGGUAUCUAUCCUACAGUCUGAGGUAUCUAUCCUACAGUCUGAGGUAUCUAUCCUACAGUCUGAGGUAUCUACCCUACAGUCUGAGGUAUCUAUCCUACAGUCUGAGGUAUCUAUCCUACAGUCUGAGGUAUCUGUCCUACAGUCUGAGGUAUCUAUCCUACAGUCUGAGGUAUCUAUCCUACAGUCUGAGGUAUCUAUCCUACAGUCUGAGGUAUCUAUCCUACAGUCUGAGGUAUCUAUCCUACAGUCUGAGGUAUCUAUCCUACAGUCUGAGGUAUCUAUCCUACAGUCUGAGGUAUCUACCCUACAGUCUGAGGUAUCUAUCCUACAGUCUGAGGUAUCUAUCCUACAGUCUGAGGUAUCUAUCCUACAGUCUGAGGUAUCUAUCCUACAGUCUGAGGUAUCUAUCCUACAGUCUGAGGUAUCUAUCCUACAGUCUGAGGUAUCUAUCCUACAGUCUGAGGUAUCUAUCCUACAGUCUGAGGUAUCUGUCCUACAGUCUGAGGUAUCUAUCCUACAGUCUGAGGUAUCUAUCCUACAGUCUGAGGUAUCUAUCCUACAGUCUGAGGUAUCUAUCCUACAGUCUGAGGUAUCUACCCUACAGUCUGAGGUAUCUAUCCUACAGUCUGAGGUAUCUGUCCUACAGUCUGAGGUAUCUAUCCUACAGUCUGAGGUAUCUAUCCUACAGUCUGAGGUAUCUAUCCUACAGUCUGAGGUAUCUAUCCUACAGUCUGAGGUAUCUAUCCUACAGUCUGAGGUAUCUAUCCUACAGUCUGAGGUAUCUACCCUACAGUCUGAGGUAUCUAUCCUACAGUCUGAGGUAUCUAUCCUACAGUCUGAGGUAUCUAUCCUACAGUCUGAGGUAUCUAUCCUACAGUCUGAGGUAUCUACCCUACAGUCUGAGGUAUCUAUCCUACAGUCUGAGGUAUCUAUCCUACAGUCUGAAGUAUCUAUCCUACAGUCUGAGUGCCUGA